AUGGCUUUCAAGCGCAAGCGCUCCGACUCUGAGACACCUCCAUCCUCGUCAAGCACCGCCACUUUUUCCUCACGCGACCCUUCUUCGAGCCCAUGUCCCGACAUCUUUAUGCUGAAUAACGCCGCUUUCACGGAGAAACCUAUUCACCGUCCUGAUAUCGCUCCUUCUCACCUCAAUUCGCGCACAAGGAAAAGGUUCCGCGAUAACAGACCCGAUGAGUCUAAAAUCCAUGCAACAACAUAUCAAAGGCUUUUCUCAGCAGCGCGAUCCCCUCCCCGCACUGAACAUCCUGCGCCAUCUCAAACUGUCCACACUCCCCCAUCGCCACCACAACGACAAUCGUCUCUUCACAGCUUUUGGCCCAUACCUUUUUCAACCCCUACCGUCUCUGAGCCGAUGAUGACCGAACCCACUCCCUUGAUUCUAUGCGAAGAUUGCGAAGCUCCGCUACCGAUUCAGGACUCGGACACUUGCAUGGGCGGAAUGGAUGCUGGGGAGAUGGACGGAGCAGACUAUGCGUGUCGCUCUUGCAGCAGAAGAGUGUGUGGGACUUGCGCCGUUGUGGAUGUUGGCGAGGGCAGAGAAUGUCUGCAAUGUAGAACAUCGACGCGGAAGAAAUGGGUCGGCGGAAUCGGAUGGAUGCUAUAG